UGCUAAAGAAUAUCUUGAAAAAAGUGAAAGACGAAGUGAAAACUUGAAAGCAAUUUAAGAAGAGAAUUUAUCUUGUGCCAGAAUAAUCAUGGCUUUGGCGGCCACCUCAGCUUUAUGUGGAAUAUUUACAUUUUUAUUGGCUGGCUCUCCCAUAUUUUACAGUCCCAGUCCGAGAGGUGUCUGCUCCAAUUGUUGUGAGAUUAAGGAAAGAGAUGAUAUUCGAUUUAUGUUGUAUACCAGAAAAAAUCCAUUUAAAUUUCAAUAUUUAUAUAUGAGUGAUGAGAAACGUUUGCGCAAAAGCAAUUUCAAUUUCAAUUAUCCUUUGGCAAUUUAUUUGCAUGGCUUCUCUGAGUCAGCGACGGGUGAAAAACAAAGUAGUCAGGAGGUUAAAGAUGCAUUUUUAAAAGGCGGAAAUUACAAUGUCAUACUCAUCGAUUGGAGUGCAAUGACUGCUGUACCCUGGUAUACCAGUGCAGUUGAUAAUUUGCCUGUGGCUGCCAGAUAUGUGGCAAGAUUUAUACGUUUUCUUUUGCAGCAGGGCUAUCAAGUGCAAAAGCUCCAUUUAAUUGGUUUUAGUUUGGGUGCCGAGGUAUCGGGCUUCAUUGGCAAACAAUUGCAGGAAUGGGGCAUUUAUUUGCCCAGGAUAACAGGCCUGGAUCCGGCUUUGCCUUUAUUCGAGGAUGGCAGCUCAAAUCGCCGCUUAAGUCCAAAAGAUGCUCAAUUUGUUGACAUCAUACACACAGAUGGUGGCAUUUUGGGCAAUCCUGAGGCCAUGGGUCAUGCUGAUUUCUAUCCUAAUGGCGGUCAUGCUUUGCAGCCGGGUUGUGCACGCCAGGAAAUUGCCAAUAAUCGUUGGUUGGGCAUAAUAAUAGGCUGCAGCCAUCAACGUGCCUGGGAAUAUUUUAUUGAAUCUAUACGCCGUCCUUAUGCAUUUCCAGCCAACAGAUGUGAGCCUUCAAAAUUAUUUGGCACUUGUCGUGAUGGCAAUGGCAAAGCUUUCAUGGGCAUGGGAGCUGACAAGAGAUUACGUGGUAAAUUCUUUUUGGAUACAAAUGACGAACCGCCAUAUGGACGUAAUACUUUUGGUGCUGCCACUAAUGGCAUCUAUGAGUUUAAGAAAAUAUCCGCUGCCUUUACUUUGUUGCCAAGCAUACAAAAGCAAGUGCAGCACGUACAAGAGCUGGAGGAGCGAAAGGUGGAGGUUGUGCAUGAAAAAAUGAACAAUGUGACAAUAGAAAAUAUUCAAGAAAAUGACACAUUGAUAGAUGCUGCUGUUGCAGCUACAAUGACAGCAGCAAUAAAACGAAAUGGUUUACAAAGAGAAGAUUUAGCAGUGACAACAGCAGGAGUGACAACGCCAACAACUCUGGCGAAUAAAUUGCCAACUGCCGAUGGUUGGAAUAGUGUUAGUAGCAGGAGUAAAACUAAUCUGGAAACGUGACAAUAUUAGUAGUAAAAUGGAAAAGAAAAAUAAACAGGAAUACAUUCCUAUAACAAGGUUAACAUCAAACAUGGAAACGUGUCCUACAUAAACUAAAGAUUUCGAGGAACACAGAAAGUACACAGUACUCACACGAUAAACUAGCUAACAUAAUUUCAAAACCAAAUUUGCUUUACCUUUACAACAAAAUUAUUACAUUUCUUAAAAAACGUAUAAAAUGUCAAUAUACAAAUAUUAUGUUUAAAGUUUAACUUAAAGAGGUCCCACUGUGUUUGCUAGUUUAUGUUAUUAUACUAUUAUGUUAUACUAAUUUAUGCUCGAGUAUUGUUAGUCAAAUAAGUUUUAUUUUUUUCAUUAGCUCAUAAUUUAUUGCAUGUGAUAAAAAAAAAUUAAAAAAAUACAUCAAAUUCUGUAAUAAAAUACAGAAAUUCAGCAGCUUUAUAACAUUUAUAAUAUGAAUUUUGUGCCUUAAGUUAUUUAUUAAGUUUUAGUUUUGUAAGUUAUGAAAAAUAUAAAUAAAUACUACAAGUAUUGUGUGGAAAAAAUCCAUAUCAAAUAUAAAAUCCAAUAAAA